GCGGGAGUUCGGACGUGGCGGACUGAUUUUCGGCCGUUGGGCCUUGCUCAGGACAAAACUGUUACUACUGGCACUUAAGUAGUACAAGAAGUUAUUUGGAUGGAGAAAGAAACCAUGCUUGGCAGUGUAGGACCUGUGCAUGUUCCUUUUGGGCACAUUAUUGGAAAUGAGAAAUGGCAAGGAUCGCAGUUAGCUAAAGAAAUACAAGGAAAAAUUAAGCUCAUCUUUGAAGCUGACCUGGCACCCGUGGAUUUUCAUCUUUCUAAAGGAUCCUGUAUCCUUUAUGUUACCGAAGCAGAUUUGGUAGCAGGAAAUGGCUAUAGAAAAAGACUUGUAAGACUUAGAAAUGAUAAAAAUCUACAGGGUAUUGUAAUUGUUGAGAAAACACGAUUGAGCGAGCAGUACUUCCCCGCGGUGCAGAAAUUCGUUGUUCUGAACCUUGGAAUGAUAUUACUUCCAGUGGCCAGCCAGAUAGAAGCAUCUCACCUUAUCAUCCAACUGGUCCAGGAACAAACCAAAGACCACAACAGGAAUCCUUUUCUUAAAAAAAAACGUCACCAACUCUCCGAGUCCGCAGUACUUCAGACAGUUCAACAAAUCCCAAGUGUCGGAAAAGUUAAAGCUCUACUUCUGAUGAAAAAAUUUGCCACUCUCCAUCAACUGUGCAAUGCAUCCAUCCAAGAACUGGAGCAAGUAGUUGGACAAACUGUUGCUCAACAGGUUCACACAUUUUUGACACAAACUUAGUGACACUAGUCCGUUAGGGACCCUAAACUGUUUUCAUUUUAUUUAAUUUUUCCUUCUCUACUCAGGUUAAUCACUUGCCGGUCUCAGAAUCAGAGGCUUUGGGAGAUUUCUCCCCUAAACCGUAGGAUGCGGGCAGGCUGAAAUAUAGCCCAAAUUGGAAUGGCUGCCCUAGAAUUCCACUAUCCUAAUCCCUAUUGCAGCUAUAUUUUCACCGCCUAAGCAGCCAUUGAAAAACCAGGCUUUUACUGCCCCAGGACCUAACUGUCUGAAAGGCGAAAGAUAAUUAGUUCUGCAUUAAGUAUUAAGAUUUGCCUCUGUGACUUCUGAGAGUUAAAGCUGAUAUUUUUUUUCGGCUAAAUAGCCUUGAUGGCAAAUUGAUUAUUCAAAAAUCUAUGUAGUUUCAUUAGUUGAAACCUGUUUAAUACUGUCCUUCUAGGAAACUGGAUUGCAAGACUUAAAAGGAUGUGAAUUGACUUCUUGCAUUUGUGUAGAUUACUGACUGGAUGACAGUUACUCUCUACAAUUUCUAAUGGGCAUUAUUCUAAGCAAAAAUUGAGAAUAGUUCUUUUUUCUCCCACUUGGUUCUCUUCCACAAUACCGAUAUUCAAGAUUCCAGAAUGCAUUCAGGCAGUGUUGCAAAUUAAAUUGGUAGAUUGGACUCUCAGGUUUCCUCUAGUCUCAGUUGAUUUUUUUUGUUUUCUUCUGGUAUCGUAACUCUUAUCCUCCUUAUUGUGAGGUUUUAGGUCUUUCUAGGUGCAUGUAAUAUGGAGGAUUGUCUGUCCAGAACAAAAGUACCAAACUGAGCUAGCCAACCAUAAGGCCUUUUCUUCUGUUUUUACGUAGCAUGGUAGAAAAGUUGUCUUGCCUAUCAUCUCCAAAAGACUUUAAGUGUACAAUGCAUCAUUUAGCUUGUAAUAGUGGUUUUUUUGUUUUCCAUACUGAUACAAAGUGUGGAAAGAUCAGGUUUUGAGAGCAGUACAACUCAUUUUUGCUUUUUUUAAUGGUAUUUAAGUGCUUAUUAUAGGCCAAGCACUGAACUUC